AUGUCGGAUAACGCCAACGUCGAAGUCGCCAAAGAGGCUCUUGAAGCUCUCUCAAUUGAUGAGAAGAGCUCUCCAAGCAACCAGGAAGAGAAGUCGCCACGCAAGCCGCGCAUUCCAACUGCCGAACGCAUCCGUCUUUGGGAGGAGGAGCAGAAAGCGAAGCGUGUGCUCUCCACUGGACUUCAAGGAAAAGUCAAAUGGUACUCGGUUCUUCGUCGUUACGGAUUCAUUUCUCGCAACGACGGGGAGAAGGACAUCUUCGUUCACCAGACCGCCAUUGCCAAGUCUGACACCGAGAAAUUCUACCUCCGCACGACAUCGUUUUCGACCUCGUUGAAGGAAAGAAUGGCCCAGAAGCUGCCAACGUCACCGGCCCAGACGGAGGAAACGUUACAGGAUCGAGGUUAUUUCGAUUAUGUGGAUCUGGUCUCACAAACUGUUUACAGAUACCGCCACAAGCUGCUCUCUCGCUUCCGUAAAAAUCGCAAGCCAAGAGCAUCCGUCGACGGAGAGGAAUCGGACAACGCUGAAGUCAAACCUGAAGAAACAAAGGCAUCGACUGAGAAAGACGAGAAGCCAAGAAAGCAGCGCAAGAACAAAAAUCGCAAGCCAAAGGCUCAGAAGAAAACUGGCGAUGCAGCUGAUUCUUCUGCGGUCACCGAGUCUUCAGAAUCUGCUGUUGGCUCUCCGGAUUCCAAAGCAUGCUCCAAGAUCAUCGAUGAAGAGGCUGCCCUCUCGAAGAUUGACCAACUCGGAGACGCCGGACUCGGAGCCCAGCAGAUCGAUGCCGAGAUCUAA